GUAAUGACUAACGAGUAAAAGGGAAGGUUAUGUGUACGUCUGCAUGUAAGAUAUCUGAGCAUUUCUAAAAUAUUUAUUUGAGAUUUAGACCUGUAGUAUGUUUCUUAAUAACUCAAAGUCAUUGUAUAAUGCAUUCCAUACAGGUAUUUCUUAUACUACAAGACACAAGUCCGGGGUAUUAGAGAGCACGAUUAAGAAGAAAUUACAGGCUGCUUUGCAAACGACUCACCUAGACGUCAUAAAUGAUCUAGACCAAGCAGAAAAGCCUCUAUUCAGAUUAGUGGUGGUUACGGACAAGUUCCAUGGAUUACCUAUGUACAAAGUAUAUAAUUAUAGAUACAAUUUGGUUAAUGACAUCCUGAAAGAGGAGCUACAAGCUGGGACCCACAUUUCUUCAAUAGUAGCCAAAACCCCCAUCCAAUGGCACAGAAGUCUGGCAGCUAAGGAACAUAGCCCUGACAGUUGAGGGUUUAUAAUUAUGAGUUAUAGAAAAUAAUGCUGUAAUUAAUUGUUGUUAUUAUAAGAAAAAAAUGAGUAAAAGAAAUUCAUGGUACAUUGUUUA